GCGACACCGCCACUCACGUGUAUAAUACAGUGGGUUAAAGCAUGAUAUUUCUGUCUAAGAAACGCAAAUUUUGACAGAUUGUCGAAGUAAUUGUUGUUUAUAUGAUGUAAAACAGACCUGUCGUCCAUGACCGAAGCCGUGUUUCAAGCCCCCAAACGGAGGGCGAAGAUUUAUGAAACAUUUGAAGCUCCUCUUCCCUUCAGUGAGGAUGAAGAUCAGAUCAUAUACAGAGCAGAAAUCAUCAGUCAUCAUGUCAUAGUGAAAGAUCCUGUUUAUAUACAGGCUCUAUAUGAGAGGGGUUAUUUUGGUAAAGGAGUGUUUUCUAGGUCCAGGCCUGAACACAGGAUCUCUAAACAAUGGAAAUACAUUGGCGACAGGUAUCUUCCUGUGAUAACGUCAUCAGAAUACCAGAAACGUGUCAGCUGGGCACGAGCUGCUCUCCUGACGCAGGGAUUGGAUGAUGAUGCUGUCAGUCAAGCAUUGCAGACCCUCACAAAACCAGUGGAGCUUGAUGUUGGGGAUGAACCUGGCCCAGAACCAAUCAAAUCUCAAGCAGAACAUUUGAAUGGGUCAUUGAUUGACAACGUAAUGAAUGACGUCUCCGAUCUAAACUAUGAUAAAGGUGACUUGGACGAUACUGACACUUCAAAACCUAGAAGGCAAGGAAACGCACUUUAUGAUCCUUUGGCUGAACUCUGUCCUGAGGAACCUGAGCGACAGGAUCAAGAAAAUGAGCAUUCAGGAUCCAAUAUGAUGUGCGAGCGCCAUGAUGACUGGAUUAUUCACUGUGGCUGUAGGCCUGAUAAUAACCAUACAAUGACUUCAAAGAUGAGGGAACGCCAUACUGAGCCUUCUGAAGAUUAUGAAUAUGUUUUAGUGGAGGAACCUGAAGAUGAUCAUGAGAACUCCACCAAGGAUACGGACUCAAAUGGCCGAUCUGAGAGGUUGGAGUGCCGAGUCAAUCCUUUCACCAUGAUGGAGUAUCUUCAGCUCAGUUAUGAAGAAGCAUUUUUUCUGGUUUAUGCACUUGGAUGCUUGUCAGUUUAUUACAGUGGGGAGCCUCUGUCGGUUCUUCAGGUUUGGUCGACGUUCUGCUCGGCGCAGCCCAACUUCUCAUUCACCUAUGCAGCUUAUCACUAUUUCCGUGCUAAAGGCUGGGUACCAAAGUCUGGCAUUAAAUAUGGAACAGAUUUAAUGCUGUAUCGAAAAGGACCACCAUUUUAUCACGCAAGUUACUCAGUGGUGGUGGAGAGAGUAGAUGAGUCGUUCACAGGCUCUGUACUGCGGCCCUUUACCUGGAGAUCUCUCGCUGCUCUCAGCAGAAUCACUGGCAAUGUCUCAAAGGAACUGAUGCUUUGCUACAUCAUCACACCAUCAAACAUGACAGACGACGCUCUCUCCUCUCCAGAAUGUCUAAAGAGACUCACAGUACAGGAGGUCAUUGUAAGCAGAUGGGUCUCCUCCAGAGAGCGAACUGAGCAGGAUGAACUCUAGACUCUAUUAAUGUUUUACAAGCCAACAUUCCUUUAUACAUUUCUUCAAUAUUUAUUGUAUAAGUGAAUUAAAGCUUCAGAAUGUUUUUUAUUUUUCCUUUAUUUGCUUUUCUAAAAAUGUCCAAAGACUGUAAGGUUGCUUGUUGAGAAUAAAAAUAAAUGGUCUUUCAUAAACAUG